AUGGACAACACAAGCCCUUCGAAACGAGUCUCGUUUGAGGAACCCGCCCCGUCGUCCGGAAGUGACGAGGACCGCUAUCCAGUCGAGGUUGUCUUUGACGAAGCAAACCCCUACCGCCGCAAGAGCUCCCUGGUUGCGAGCGAUGCAGUCCCCCCUCACCUUCGCCGGGUACCACCACCACUACACCACAAGACGGAAUGUCUCGUCCACCAGUUCCUAGCCAACCAGCAGAAGGCUAAGGCCCAUCUUCCAACACGCCACCCACACGACCAUCACGGCCACCAUGACCACCACGAUCACGAUCAUCACGAUCAUCACGAUGUCAGCGACGAAGCCGGAUCAAGUCGUGCUGUCGAGCCCAAGAACGGCCAUGCCAACGACCAGACUGCCGAAAGGGAUUUUGGCAGCCACCUCACACCAGGGAAGAAACAACAGCCACAACAGGAGCAACAACAAGAGAAGGCAGAAGACGGCGAAGACGGCGUGUGCAACGAACUGCCCAACCGCCCCUGCGCCACCAUCCUCCACGACUCACGCACCACCAGUGAGGCCGAAGGCCCCCACCCACACACCCGCCCCGACGAGGGCGACGAAAGCGCCGACAGCGCCGGAAGCAACACACCAUCCAACGGCAGCGGCAGCGGCGGGGUAGGGCAAGCCGACGAAAAGCAAUGGCGGCGGUCGAUGGUGGGUCCCGCGGGCCCGGUACCGAUGCCGCCCACGCCGGCGCAGCUAGACCGGCAGUCCGCCUCGGUCGACGCGCCCAACUCGCGCCUGCUCACCAAGAAGCAGCUGAGCGAGAUGGCGUGGGGCGUGCGCGAGCUCAGCCGGCGGCUGGGGUCCAUGCGCCUCAAGUUCCGCGUGCGCACCAUUUUUGUGCUGACCAAGAUCUAUGACCCCGAGCUGAUUGGGAAGACGAGGGAGUUGUGUCGGUGGUUGUUGGAUUGGGAGAGGGAUGUAAGGUAUACGGUGUAUGUGGAUCGGGAGUUGAAGGAUAAUAAGAGGUUUGAUGCGGCUGGGUUGGUGGAGGAGGUGAGACAGGAUUAUGUCGCGUCGGAGGAGGUCAGUGAGGAGGCGAGUUGGGAUGUGGCGAAGCGGUUGCGGUUUUGGACUGAGGAGAUGUGCAGGGCCCGGCCGCAUACUUUUGAUUUUGUGAUUACCCUGGGCGGGGACGGGACGGUGCUGUACGCCAGCUGGCUGUUUCAGCGCAUUGUUCCGCCCGUGUUGAGCUUUGCGCUCGGGAGUCUGGGGUUUUUGACAAAGUUUGACUUUGAGGACUACCGAAAGACGCUGACGAACGGGUUCAGCGAGGGGAUCACGGUGAGUUUGAGGCUGCGCUUUGAGGCGACGGUCAUGCGUAGCCGGAAGACGGGGUCAAGAUCAAAAGAAGACGGGGAGCACGCGGAGCAUGUGCUGGAUGGGGAUCAUGAUGGGCCGCCGCGGGAUCUGGUGGAGGAGUUGAUUGGGGAGGAGAAGGACGAUGAGCACACCCAUCGGCCGGAUGGGACGUACGAGGUGCUGAACGAAGUGGUGGUCGACCGCGGGCCGAAUCCAACAAUGUCCAACGUCGACAUCUUCGGCGACGACGAGCACUUCACCUCCGUCUCGGCCGACGGCAUCUGCGUCAGCACCCCCACCGGCUCCACGGCCUACAACCUCGCCGCAGGCGGCUCCCUCUGCCACCCGGAAAACCCCGUCAUGCUCGUCACCGCCAUCUGCGCGCACACGCUCUCCUUCCGGCCCGUGAUCCUGCCCGACACCAUCGUGCUGCGCAUCGGCGUGCCCUACGACGCGCGGGCCAGCUCGUGGGCGAGCUUCGACGGCCGCGAGCGCCUGGAGCUGACCCCGGGCGACUACGUGACGGUCAGCGCCAGCCGCUACCCCUUUGCCUGCGUGCAGCCGCACGGCCGCCGCAGCGAGGACUGGAUCAACAGCAUCAGCGCCAAGUUGGAUUGGAAUACCCGCCAGAGGCAGAAGGCCUACAAGGAGUGGGAGAAGUAG